AGCUACAGUACCCCCUUAGUUGUCAUGCAUCUUUACUAUGCAACUCAAAAUCCUCUAUUUAAACUCUUCCUAAACCCUUUGCAAUAUUCAUCACCCCCAGCCCCAACACCCCAAGACCGCAAGACCCAAGAGACUAAAAUGGAGCAUCAGCGCCACUUCCUUCUAGUCACAUUCCCUGCUCAAGGACACAUCAACCCUACCCUUCAGUUCGCCAAGCGCCUCAUAGCCAUCGGUGCUCGAGUCACCCUCGCCACCACCGUUUCAGCCCACCGGCGAAUGUCGAAUAGCUCUACUGUUCCCCAUGGACUAACUUUUGCUCCUUUCUCUGAUGGCUAUGACGAUGGAUACAAACCUAAUCUCGACAACGUCGAACAAUUCCUGGCUGAUUUCCAACGCCGUGGAUCUCAAGCACUCACUGACCUUGUCCUAGACCAAUCCAAUAAAGCGUCCCCAGUUACUUGCAUAGUCUAUACCCUCCUCCUACCUUGGGCUGCCGAUGUUGCUCGUAAUCUACAUGUCCCUUCUGCUCUUCUAUGGAUUCAACCUGCAACUGUUCUUGACAUCUACUACUAUCAUUACAAUGGCUAUGGAGAUGUAAUUGCUAACAGAUCAACUGGAUCCUCUUGUUCUAUAGACCUUCCUGGGCUACCACUUCUCACCUCUCAAGAUGUUCCUUCCUUUUUCCUCCCAUCAAACACUUAUACUUUCGCUCUCAAGACAAUCAAAAAUCAAUUUGAGACCUUGGAAAAAGAAACCAACCCACAUAUCCUUGUGAACACCUUUGAUGCCUUAGAACCCCAAGGACUAAAAGCUGUUGAGAACCUUAAUUUGGUAGCAAUUGGACCCUUAAUUCCUUCUGCUUACUUAGAUUGUAAAGACCCAUCUGAUAAAUCCUUUGGGGGAGAUUUAUUCAAGGGCUCAAGCGAUUAUAUUGAGUGGCUAAACUCAAAGCCAAAUUCUUCUGUGGUUUAUGUUUCUUUUGGAAGCAUAGCUUUGCUACCAAAAAGGCAAAUGGAAGCUAUCGCCGACGGGUUAUUGCGAAGUCGCCGACCGUUCUUAUGGGUUAUUCGACGGGGGGAGAAUGAAGUGGAGAGUGAAGAGAACAAGAUAUUGGAUCGGUUAGAAGAUUUGAAAGAAGAAGGGUUGAUUGUUCCUUGGUGUUCACAGGUGGAGGUUCUAUCUCAUGCUUCUGUGGGUUGUUUUGUGACACAUUGUGGAUGGAACUCUACACUGGAGAGUCUGGUAACUGGAGUACCUGUGGUUGCAUUUCCACAAUGGACAGAUCAACCUACGAAUGCGAAGCUAAUUCAAGAUGUGUGGAAGACUGGAAUGAGGGUAAAGGCUAAUGAAGAAGAUGAAGGGAUAGUAGAUAGUGAGGAACUUGUGAGGUGUUUGGAAAUGGCGAUGGAAGGAGAGAGUGCGGAGGAGAUGAGGAAGAACGCAAAGCAUUGGAGGAAUUUGGCUACAGAAGCUGCCAAGGAUGGUGGUUCUUCAGAUAGGAAUCUUAGAGCAUUUGUUGAUGAAAUGGCAAGGGAGAAAGAGAAUUAUAGUACUAUGUGUAAUGAGUGAUUAAACAAAAACAAAAAAAAAUUGAAAUGUUUUUAUAUUUUGGGUAAACAAGUGUUUAUUGAAAAAAAAAUAUAUGUGAUACACGUGGAUUCUGAUUCUCUAAACCAUAAUAUCUAGAAGUCAUGGAGUGGAAAUUAAAAUGUACUUAUAUUGUUAGAGGAAGCUUCUCCUAAGAAAACAUUUUGACUUCUAUGGUCUUUUGUUCUUUUAAUUUCUGUUAUAUUAUAGUAACUGUUCAAAAAAAUAAAUAAAAAAUAGUUCUCUUUUUCUCUC